GUGUGACAGCACGAUUCACAUAAUCCAGCCGUUGGUUGACAAUCGUUUCAAGUCUGUUUUGAUUUAAAGACAUUAAACUUCCGUUUUGAGUCUGACCAAAUCACUUUGCAGCUUGACUCUGUGUUAGCCACAUCUCAGCAAAGUGUUCAACAGCUCAUAAUCAUCAGGUUGACAACCUUCAAUUUGAAUACACUUUUAAAGAACCAAGGUCAGUCAUUGUAGAUAUCGUUACGUUAACGUUAUAUAACAUACAGUGUCUAUCACAGACGUUCGACUCCGGACCUUUUAACGUUACAUCUUACAGCUAAUAGCUAACGUUAACGGUAGCGUUAGCAAAGUAGCCCCAGGUAUGGCGGAGGUUCCCGGGACAUCGAGUGAGACGAUAACGGAGACUGUUGAGACCAGCACACCGCCGCCGCCCCAGCAGGAGGGACGAAGCCUGACAAUCAAGCUGAGGAAGAGGAAGACUGAGAAGAAGGUGGAGUGGUCCAGUGAUACUGUUGACAAUGAGCACCUGGGAAGAAGGUCUUCAAAAUGCUGCUGUAUUUAUGAGAAGCCCCGACAGUUUGGAGAGUCGUCCUCUGAAAGUGAGGGAGACGACGACGACGAAGGGUGCGGCAGUGCUCACUGUAUCCUGGGCCACGGCAGGAGAGACCAUGGACAGAGGGGGGGUGGGGGUACCACUGUGCCCCCAAAUUCUGGAGGGUCACACACCCACUAAUGAGCACUGCAGGCUGAUUGUGGGGUCUGAGGGGUUUCUCACCACGACAAAACUGCACUUUUUUUUUUUUUAAAGUUUAGUUCCAUCACUGAGGUACAGGCAGGCCUGGUGCUGUGUUCCAGUCACGAGUCAGAAAGUCCUAGCUGAUAGAGAAGGGUUACAGCCUGUACUGCUGAAUACUGAAAGACACAGAGCAACAGGGAUUAUUGAAUUAGCCUAAUGGAAAAUUCUGCUCUUCUUUCAAUAGCUAAAAGAGUGUUCAGUAUUGUGCCACCUUAACAUGGAAUGAUAACUACUAAAUUCACAUUUUAAGUGUCUAUUAAUCUCAAAGGAGACAUGAUGAUGAUAAUAAAAUUUAAAGGGCAUUACCAGUCUUUUUGCAUGUUUUAGCCUUUUACUACAAAUCACACAUAGUAUGCAUUAUUACAACACUGCUGAGCAUGUUCCAAGUAAUGUUGUAGGGUGGUAGAAUUUUAAAUACUUUACUAUUUUCCAGGCGCUAGUUUGUUUCAUUUCAUGCAAUGAAAAUUCACUUGUAACUAAAGAUUAUUCUCAGCAUCAAUUAAUCUGCUUAAUAUUUUAUUUUUUUAUCAAAAAUCCUAGAGAUAUUCACUUUACAAAUAUAUGCCACGGUAUAAAUAUAUUGACUCCUAUGACUAAAAUGGUUAUCAAUUUCUUUUUUUUAAUGCAUCAUCAGCCUGCACUUACACCUGCAUUACCACCUAGUGGUAACUAAACUUUUAAACAAUAAAACAACAUGAAUUGUGGAUUACAUUAAAAAAAGCAAUUUUUGGUUCUCUACAAGCAUGAUUUUGAUACCGCCUGGAAGUUAAGACAAAAAAUCAUUCAAAAACUAUAAAAAGCGCAGUAUGCUUUGGUCAGCAGAAAUGUACACAAUAUGUAAUCUGUCAGCUAAAACAUGUAAAAACACCAGUUGCAUACCAAUAUGGUGUAUUUUGUGUAAUGAAAGCAACAUGGAUUAUUGAAUUAGCCUAAUUGAAAAUCUUGUUCCCCUUUCAACACCUAAAAUACAUUCGAUAUUGUUCAAACUGACAUCAUUAGCAUGGAAUGCAUGAAUACAGAUUUUAGGACAUGCUGUACUGAUAACAGAAUUGAUCCUUCCUAGGUCCCGCCCAUUUUUGCUCUACUCCAAUGACAGUUGAGCAAGGCUCGGUCCGAACCUCAGCCAACUUUCUCCUUUUCUGUACUUAGAUAUGCUAUGUGCUAGGCUGAUCUGUGUUGAAUAGACAACCACAUUUUGAAGAUGGUAAAAAGAUGAAAGCAACAUAUAUAGUCACAUUUUAAGUUGGC